AUGAGCAAGCAUACACAACAUAGUCAUUCGAGACGAGCCCAUACAGAGGCGAGACAAGAGAAGCCGAACCCCAAAAUCCAAAGCGACCCAAUAAGCACUGGAAGAGCACCCGGACAACCCAAGAAGACUAGAAUCGAAAGACCCCCGAUAGCGACGAACCGGACCGGAGAAGACUACAAAGGAACCAACGGAGCAUUAAAUCAAAGCUAG